AUGAACCCCUACUACGCCGCUCCGCCGCCACAGCAGCAGCAGCAUCUAUCGCGGCCUUCUGUGGACUUGGACGACCUCUUCGGAGGUCCUACCGCCGCCAAUGAACACAAGCCCCCCUACGUUGCUCCAGGCGAGCCGGCCCCACCCUCGUACGAUGCCCUUAACACCGGGUACUCGUCAGCGCCACCUCCGGGGCAUCACGUUGCUACACCGGCGCUACCGCAGUCGUACGGCGGAUACAGCAAUGGCAAUCAAAGUUUUUACUCCGGAGCAGCCCACCACCAGCAGCAACAGCAGCAGUCGUAUAACCUGCCGGCUGCUGUUCCGGUGUCUGCGUCUCCUUACGGGAUUCCGGCUCCACCUAAUGCGUCCUCAUCCCCAUCGCUGAUUAUGCCUGGCAUGGCCCCGCCACCACAGCUACCCCAGCAACAGCAGCAGUACGGGGUGGGGCCGCGCUCUUACGAUGCUUGCCCUUCUGCGCCCGCGAAUGGCAUGGUUGCAGCAGCUCCUCCGUUUCAACAGCAGCCGCAGGUGUACGCCCAGCAACUGCAGCUGCAGCAGCCGAUGCCUGAGCCAGCGCAGCAGCAGUUUCCCUCGAGCAGCAGCGGCAGUGUUAACCCCAGUGGGGCUGCUGUUGUUGCGGUCCCGACGGCGGCGGCUGGGGUUGGCAGUGGCGCGGCGCCUUCUAGAUCUGCGGAAGAAGACGACCGUCUGCAGCUGGAGCGUAUCAUCCGCCUGCGCCGCGAGCUGGAGCAGGAGCAGGAGCGGGAGCAGCGCAAGAAAGAGGAGCUGCAGACGUGGGGCUGCUCCGUUUGCACCUUCCGAAACAAGCUGAACGAAGUCAAGUGCGAGAUGUGCGGCUCUACGAGGUCUGGGUACACCGCACCUGCUGCGACGGAGCAGCCAGCUCAGCUGCGGCAACAGCAGCAGCAGAUUCCUUCCGCGGCGUCCCCCUCACCCAGCAACGCUGGCGUCACGGACUGGCAGUGCGGCAUGUGCCUCGCCCCGAACGAGGCGCAUGCGGAGCGGUGUAAGGUGUGCUACGCCUACCGUAGUAGUGGCACCCCGGUCCCGAGGGCGUCUCCGUCUGGGGCCGCAGCCAACGCGAAUCCACUUGGCGUUGCCUCGAGCACGCCGUUCACGACAAACUGGAAGUGCAGCGUGUGCGGUGAGGUGAACCCGCCAUCGAAGGCGAACUGCAAGGUGUGCAGCGGAUUCCAGCGCAAUGGCACCCCGGUCACGGACGCUGUCACGGCGCCUACCAACGAGAGCAGCCACAGGGCCCACGCGAAUAGCAGCGCGGAUCCGCCACUGCCGACGGUGUGGUCAUGCUCCGUGUGCACCUUUGAGAACUCUGUCUCCGCUGCGCUCUGCAAGGCGUGCGAGAGCGGUCAGCGUCCACGCCACCUGGCGCCCAAGGACAAAGCGAAGCGCACUGGUAGCAAGCACAAUGACAGCCGUGACAGCAGUUCCAAGGACGGCUACAGCGGCGGUGAGAAGAGCUCAUCGUCUAAGCAUCAGUGGCCGUGCGGAACGUGCACCUUCUUGAACCCAAUCGGUCGAAAGAAGUGCGACAUGUGCGGCGCGAAGCGGCCAGAGUCAUACGCUGCGGAGGCGGACACGACGGAGGCACAGGCGGCGGCCAAGCAGGAGGCGCAGGACGACGCCGAGGAGGUCGCAUGGCAAGACGACGACUCGGUGACGGAGUGUAACAACUGCCACACGACUUUCACGUUUCUCAUCCGCCGCCACCACUGCCGGCUGUGCGGGUACGUGUUCUGCGCGCACUGCUCCAACUACAGCUUGCCGCUCACGAUGGGCGGCCUCCCGCAGCGUGUGUGUGUGAAUUGCUACAAGGCACGAUUAGAGGAGGAGAAGAAGACAAAGAAGGCGCGCCGUUGGCUGGAUAAUUAG